AGCUCAGCACUGACGCAGUCUACUGACGUCCUUACAUCUGGAGUGAAGUAUUUUUACGUUUUGAAUUUACUAUGUCAGUUUGUGAUUAAACGAAAAUAAUUAUUUAUUUUAUUAACGCAUAAGUCGAUUAAGUCGUUAUACAGUUCAUAUUAGAAGCCAACUUGAUUGUGUUAUUGCAAAAAUGAGCGCAAUUAAAUUGUGGAUCGUUGUGGUUUCCGGUUUCGCCGUCGGUAAUUGUGCCGGGGAGAGUAGAAAAAUCGACGAAGUGCAGUAUAAAAAUCACCGGACGGCGUCUGUUAGUAACGAAACGUUGCAGAACCACGCCAUGCAGCAUAAGGCAUAUCCGGUGUAUCCGGCGCAGGUUUACGCCAACCUGUCGAACGUCAGGGACUUUGGAGGGAACGCGGAACAGAAGUUGCCAUCGAGGACCACGGAAAUGCCGAUGGACGUGGUGCGAGUGUUCUUCACCUCGGCGCCCGCGGGCAAGAGGAAACAGCUGCAAGACGCUGGGACGACCCCUGUUCCUAGUCCGACCACUCCAGCUACAGGUUCCGUUUACAGGACGGUAACACCGUCUACAUACAUCGUAACCGCUAGGAACGUCGCCGUGUCCGCUGACACCAAAGACCCGUCACACAAGUCUCCCAUUUAUUCGGUACCUCGGUCUGAGGCCGAAGUCAAGUACGCGACUUCGACGGUGGACUUCCGGGGUUCGCCGACGGUCACCGGAGAACAAUCUAAAAUCAAGACAAAAUUCAAUGGCACGAAAAUCAGGCGGAUCUUGAAGGCACAAAACCAGGCACCGCAGUCAUCGCUUCAUUCCACUGUCACCACCUCCGUACAAAUGUCACCCCAAUCCACCAGUAAUCAGCGAAAUUCAACAGCGUUCGUGGUCAACGCUAAAGCAAAUGCCACCGCGGUAGCGUCGUCGAAACCGUUCGCGACCGUGCUGGUACCCAAACACGUCUUGGAUGGAGGAGUUCAGCAUCAUCAACAGCAAGUAUUACGCGAUUACGCGCUGCAAGAAGACUCGUUCCGGCCAAUUGUUCCGCCGAUAUUCACGCCAUACAAAUCGCCUAACGCCGCCGCCGCCGUUGACACAAACAGUAUCACCGAUAACAGACGGAGUUCGGUCAAGAACCACCAACAGUCCCCGCACCGGGCAACCGCCGUGACGGCCGCCCCGAAGUUAAGCAAUUACGGGUUCGUGAAACCGCUCACGUACAAGGUGGAAGAAUACGUCCCGGGUGAAGUGAAACCGUCCGCCGUACUUGACCGUGAUUACAGUAACGAACAGGACAGGUCGGACCGGACUUCCGUGAUUUCCCAAAAACGGGAUACCGAAAAUCCGCACAAGCGCGACCACCAGUUGUCACCGUUGUAUUACGAAAAUUCGCCAAGACACGAUGGUCCGCCAAAAACAGGAGAAUCGUUGAAAUAUGGAUUCGUUGAACCGGUGGUGGGACAGUUCAACGUCGGCAGCGGUCCGCAGAAAUACCGCGAGUUCUAUGAGGCCACCGAGUGGCCAGCCGCGGUGGUCAAAUACGAGAAAUACGACGCGAGAUCGCCGUCGCAGCAGUUCGAAUCGGUCCGAGUGCCGGGACCGGUGUCGGAACCACCCAAGGAGUACUUCAACAGCCCACCCUCCAGCUUUUCGUCUCUGAAUCCGCCCGCCAGUGUUUCGUCUCUGAGACUCCCCCAAACGGAAUCUGAAGGCCCAGAGUUCAUGAUGGGUGACCUGAACCCCAAGGACGUGUUGAAAUCACUCCUGCGAGACAUGCUCAAGUCGAAACAGCAAGGUGAGAUCAAGCAGAAGACGCCCCCCACCAUGGACGAAAUCAUCGACUCGUACAUCAACACUAAACAACAAAAGCCAGAUGACAGUUUCGAUAUAGAAACAGACAUGAACUGCAACUUGCGGUCGACCAAGUACAUUACCGACGGACAGUGUGUGUCCACCAAACCCGUUGUGGAAGCCGUAUGCGCCAACCGCUGUCUUGUUUCGGCCAACUCGUUGAGUCAGAGACAUCGAUCUUCUCUGUUUGACAACCAACAGGUGGAAGCUCUGCAGUGCGCCGACGGUGACGUGAAAAUGGUUCGCGUCCAGCUUAAGUGCCGGGACGGCAACAUGUUCAACAAUGUCAUAAAGGUGGUGAGCAACUGCAGGUGCAAAUUGCACCCGACUCAACCGCAGAUGAGGAGCUACUCCCAGUCUAUGGUUAAACGCGAACGCGCCACCUUCAACCCAGAAAUCAUGGCUAUAGCCGCCGGUCGAUUCUAUAACAACUGACCACUCAAAUAUAUCAUUAUUUAUUAUUAUUUAUUAUAUAUUCACAUGUUGUCACAAGUAUAUUAGUGCAUUACACUUCGUAUACUGUUUACGGAAUUGUGCGCUUGGCCACUGUCGGUCUCUAUGUACGAAUGUAUUUAUUUAUUUAAUUCUAGUCUCUAAACUCUAAAGAAAAUGUAUAUUCACUAUCAUUGUUGUAGUAUUAUUUAUUUAUUUAUUCAAUAAAAUACUUUUCGUACGUAAUAA